UUUCCGUGGAUAUAUUUAAUAUGACAAUGAAGACUAACUCUCUACCAAUGAUAUAUUGCGAAGGGCAUGGAAAAGAACCCGAGAGAAUUGAAUAUUCCUAUUAAGCUGAGUGGACGCAAGCUCAUAGUGGGGAUGACAACCGCGGCAUAAGAACGACGCUUUCGCGAUACAGGUCGGUACUUUAACUGGAGCAAGCUUUCGCGAAACGCUAUUUGUAAAGGAUACUUUGAGUUCAAGUUGACAGAAAAUUGCGAAAAUGAUCACCCAAAAGGAACUCGAUUAUUGCUACGACUUCGUCCUGAAUCUCACUAUACUGUCCGGAAAGGUGAUCCGCGAUGCUUUUCAAGGAUCAAAGAAAAUCGAAACAAAGGCUGGUGAUUGGGAUUUGGUGACGCAGUACGAUAGAAAAAUCGAGGCGAUUUUAAUUGACAACCUGGCAAAGAGAUUUCCAACACACAAAUUUAUCGGCGAAGAAACAGUGUCGUGUUCGAAUUUUCUACCAGAACUCACGGACGCGCCAACGUGGAUCAUCGAUCCGAUCGAUGGCACAACAAACUUCGUGCAUUCUUUUCCACACACUUGCAUAUCGAUUGCGCUAGCUGUGGACAAAGAACUCGAGAUUGGAAUAGUUUACAAUCCCAUUUUGGAGCAGUUAUUCACAGCCAGAAGAGGUCACGGAGCAUUUCUCAAUGAAAAACCGAUUAAGAGCUCGAACGUGGAAGGACUCCAAAAUUCUUUGCUAUGCUUGGAGGCUUCGUACGCGACGAUGGAAAAUAUUCGCGACAUCAUCCUGGGAAGGCUGGAAGCUUUCGUCACGGUGGCGCACGGAAUAAGGACUAUGGGUUCAGCGGCGUUGACUCUGUGUCACGUGGCCAUGGGAGCUGCGGAAGGCUAUCACUCCGACAACCUGAUGCCUUGGGACGUGGCCGCGGGUGUUCUUAUCAUUCGGGAAGCCGGCGGCGUGGUGAUCGACACAAACGGCGGAGAGUUCGACGUUAUGUCACCGAAACUGCUGGCCGUCGGUAAUCGCAAACUGGCGAAGGACCUCGUGAAAUUGAUCAAACGCGCGGAUGUGAAAACCCAGCAAAGAAGGCUACUGCUGCAGACCGCGAAUUAAGCGUUUCCUGCGAGGUGUCAAGAUUUGCCAACUAUUUGCAGGAUUUCUAAUGUUAAUUAAAAUAAUUAAAAUAAUUGCAUGCAUGUUUGUGAUCGAAGUGUAAUGUUCUCGGUCGUGUCAUGACGCACUGAAAAUCGCGAUAAGUGCAAUGAAUAACAAAUCAGUGUGCCGAACAAGCAAAGGUCAUGCAUGGGAUUAAUAACGCUAAUUGUAAAAGCGCACGCAAGGCCGGGCUCAUAGGAGCACACCUUGCAGUUUGAGAGCAGCAGCGGACCUGGUUGAACCGGUAGUCCAGCGAUAUCAUGUCGAAAGUGCAUUAAGAAAUAACGCUCGCGUACAAUUGCCGGAGGCGCGCUGGUGAGAUUAUUUAUAUUUCCUACAAAUUUCUCAUAUCCUACAAAUAAUGGUAUAUUUCCGGCUUCAAAAUUUAUAUAACACGUUGCGGCGCACGAUGUAACAAUUAAAAUGUACAAAAACAUGUUUAACGUAAUAAUGUUAGCGCGAUAAAUAAUACUUGAAUAAAGUAGCGAUAAGAGAAAUAAUAUUACUUGAAAGCGUAGUAUUAAUCGGUAUUGCAGCGCGUUGUAAAAUCAAACAAAAUGUAAUAUACGAUUGAAUGUAGUGUCAAGAAAAAAAGAAAAACUAAGAACA